GCAAGCAAACUGAGGGACGCAGCUUUCACAAACUGAUUCAUAAACGUGGAUAUUUACUUGUUUUGUUAGUUUUUUUCUACCACUGUCGGAGAAGUCACUAUGACUCUACUGAAUUACUGGAUGAGUUUGAUUUCUGUAUCACUGACCGUGACCACGAACCACGCUUUGAGAAGAAUCCCCCUAAAGAAGAUGCCAUCCAUCAGAGAGACGCUGAAGGAAAUGGGUGUUUCUACAGAGCAGGUUUUGACAGAGCUUGCGCAGAUCGGCGCAGCUGAAACUAAGAAUGGGACAGUUCCCACACCUCUGACCAACUACUUGGAUACUCAAUACUUUGGAGAAAUCAGUAUUGGCUCUCCGGCCCAGAUGUUCAACGUGGUGUUCGACACGGGUUCAGCCAACCUGUGGGUACCUUCUCAAAGCUGCUCACCUUUUUCCACCGCCUGUUUUACUCACAACAGGUAUGAUGCAUCACAAUCCCACACUUAUGUUGAGAAUGGCACCGGAUUUUCCAUCAAUUAUGCUUCUGGAAGUAUUAGGGGAUUCCUUAGCGAGGAUGUGAUAGUGGUUGGUGGUAUUCCUGUGGUGCAAGUAUUUGCUGAAGCCACUUCUCUGUCAGCGAUGCCCUUCAUCUUUGCCAAGUUUGAUGGCGUCCUGGGGAUGGGUUACCCCAACGUGGCCAUUGAUGGUAUCACCCCGGUGUUUGACCGUAUCAUGUCACAGCAUGUCCUCAAAGAGCAAGUGUUUUCUGUCUAUUACAGCAGGUGGGUAGACCCAAAACAUUCUCCUGGUGGAGAGCUGGUCCUCGGGGGGACUGACCCCAAUUACUACACUGGGAAUUUCAAUUAUGUGGAAACCAGAGAGAUGGGAAAGUGGGAAGUUACCAUGAAAGGCGUCUCUGUGGGAUCAGAGAUGUUGUUUUGUGCUGGGGGCUGCACUGCUGUGAUUGACACGGGCUCCUCCUACAUCACAGGCCCAGCCUCCUCUGUGUCUGUGCUGAUGAAAACCAUCGGUGCACAGCCUGAUGAAAGUGGAUACAAAGUCAACUGUGACGCUGUGACGUUGUUACCCAGUGUCACUUUCCACCUGGGAGGCCAUGAGUACUCACUCACACACGAGGAUUAUAUCUUAUGGCAAUCCCAGAUUGAAGGAGAUGUCUGCACCGUCACCUUCAGGGGACUGGACGUGCCACCCCCCGCAGGCCCCAUCUGGAUUUUGGGAGCCAACUUCAUUGCCCGAUACUACACAGAGUUUGACCGUCACAAUAAUCGGAUAGGCUUUGCAACAGCAGUCUGACAAGAAGCGAAACAUUUAUAGUUGUGCUGCCUCUCUGCGCUCUGUUUUUGCUGCUAUAUUCUUACUACCUUUGUGUUCAAUUGUAUCAUCUGCGUCUUUUUACAGUAACUCAUGAUCAAAAGUAGUAACUCCUGAUUUAGCAAUGACAAUGAGGAAUGCAUAUCAUUUCUUGCAUUUUUUCCCUUGUUAUCUGGUACUGGUUCCACAGAAUGCCUUCUGAUGACAAGUUAUUAUUUCUACACAUUUAUAAGCCAAUGCAUUUUUUCCGUGUGCGUUCCUCUGCUUAAUACAUACAGCCAACAAUGAAAAUGUAUAUCUGCACAGUUCUGACUUAUGAAUAAAGUUUUUUUG